CAUUCGGGAGACUGCAUUAUAAGGCGAUAAACAAGCAUCAAUGUAUGUGUUAGAUAGACCUCUGAGAAAGAAAAAUGCGACCGCGCCAGCUCAUACAUAAGUAACAGGACAUUAGGGCUUGGACUGUAUUAAUGAGCCGUCCCGGUAUGCGCUCAGAAACAACGCACAGCGCGUCAAAGAAAUCAGAUUUCUCAGGGCGAGUUGUGUUUACACAGGAGCCAUCCAAAGCCACGUUUUAGCAAGCUUGUUUGGGACAGUACAGUACGGGACUGUUCAGCGUUUGACUCACUGCCCAUGUAAACAGUGGAGGAACCGUGCAGGGAAGCAAGCAUGGCCAUAUAAGCGCAUUUACUUGAAAUCCUUGAAGGAAAACUGAAUUUUUUUGAGAGAUCUGGAUAACAUGGGAGUGUUGUAGCUGAUCGACAGGGCGAACACAUGUGCGUGUAAGCUAAUCGCUUCGUUGGAUGAACGUUCACUAUGGAUGUGGCCAUGGAAGCUGUUGCAAACUAACCACAACUACGUUGGCAUUGGUUGCAGGGGAUGGUACGUCGGCAUAAUUUUUUGAAAGCAAUCUUUAGUCCCAAAUCGCUGUCAACAAGCUUCGGCCGAAAGUUUGCUGGGUCGACAUGGAGAGUCAGGAUGAGAGGGAGCACAGUCCUCCGAAGUCAGACAGGAGGUUCGCCCUGACUUACGUCGGUUGGUCCUCGCUGGACAGGCGGACCACCCUGCCCAUGCUGCCGUGGCUGGUGGCUGAGAUCCGCAGGAGGACUGAGAAAGGCGACUGCGGCCCCGUGGCGCAGCCGAGAGAAGUUCAGCUGAUCCUCAACACCCCUUUCGUCCGAUGUGUCCCCUCCAACAGCAACAACUCUUCAGUCUUUAUAUUCGAGCACAAAGCACAGCUCAUAUCUCGCUUCAUUCACAACAGUAAUGACCUCACCUAUUUUGCCUAUCUCCUGCGGGGACAGCCUGACAACCCUGAGUCCGAGAUGUCCUGUCACGUCUUUAAGGCCUGCGACCCCAACCAGGUCCCUGAGGUGAUUAGCAGCAUUCGCCAGGUUUCUAAAUCAGCCCUAAAGGAAGACACCAAGCCCAAACAGGAAGCUGACGAGGCCUUCUACAACUCCCAGAAGUUUGAAGUGCUUUAUUGUGGCAAGGUGACAGUUGUGCACAAAAAGGCUCCAUCCACCCUUGUUGAUGACUGCAUUGAUAAGUUUCGUCAGCAUGAAGUUGAACGCAAGCGCCUGCGACUGCUCAACGGUCAGCGAGGGUCCGCAGAGAGUGCCUCUGUGGAGUUCCUCAUGGGGGGAGACCCACUCUCCUCUGCUCUAAAUGAGAGUAUAGAAAAACCAGAAGGCCAUGGAGUGGAGGACAUGACUGGAAGUGGAGGUAAAGGCCUGCGUGGAGCGUUCCCAGAGUGCAUCCUGGAGGAUUCUGGAUUUGAGGAGCCUCACGUGUUCCGUACACGCUGCAGCAGCCUGGCAGCGAGUCUGCAGAGGAAGCCGGGGGAAGGCAUCGUCAUGGGCCCCACACGCCGCAGACACUCCAGCGCACCAAACCAUGUUCAACCGUCUGAUGCAGACAAGAACCGCACCAUGCUCUUCCAGGUUGGGCGUUUUGAAGUAAACCUCAUAAGUCCUGACAGUAAAACCGUGGUGCUGGAGAAGAACUUCAAAGAUAUCUCAUCCUGCUGUCAGGGUAUCAAGCAAUCCGACCAUUUUGGAUUCAUCUGUCGGGACCAAUCAGAGUCUGGUCCCAAUCAGUAUGUGUGCUACGUUUUCCAGUGUGCCACUGAGUCCUUGGUUGAUGAGGUGAUGCUGACCCUUAAGCAGGCCUUCACUACAGCAGCAACCUUACAGAGCAACAAGACCGAGAUCCAGCUAUGUGAAGCCUGCCCCAUGCAUGACCUGCACAAGCUUUGCGAGCGAAUUGAAGGUCUCUACCCACCCAGAGCAAAGCUAGCCAUCCAAAAAUAUCUCUCCCAGCUGACUGAUAAUGAGCAGGCUGAGAUUUUUGAGCGAGUUCAGAGAUUGAAGCCCGGGUCAGACCAAGAGGAGAAUGAGCUGGUGAUUCUUCAUCUGAGACAGCUCUGUGAAACCAAACAAAAGUCCCACCUCCACAUCGGCGAGGCCCCUCAGAAUGCAGCAAAUUGCCCAUCAUCAGGAGAUGCCACAGCCACCAGUAGUCGCUUCAAACUUGAUAUUCUCAAGAAUAAAGCACGCACCUCCCUCACCAGCUCUCUGGAGAACAUCCUUGCAAGGGGUGCCAGCCGGAUGCGGGGCCGUUUGGGAAGCAUGGGGAGCAUUAGCAGUUUUGAAAAGCAGGAUGAGGAAUCUCCUGGUCACUCCCCUCCAGGUUCCCCUCCUGCUUUUCCUGACGAUGACCCGGAAGCCGGCCUGCAGUUCCGCCGGCGUGCCCACACCUUCAGCCACCCACCUGUGAAGAAACGCAUCUCCUUUGAGGGACAGCAGCCCAGCCAGAGCAAGCAGUCUCCACUGCGCAGACAACAGUCUGUUAACCCGGAACUACUGCAGAGCAGACCCGUGGCUGUCUCGAGAACGCGCAGUGUUUCCGAGAGCGAGUCCUCCUUCAGCCUCCCCUCCUCCUUCUCUGCUCCCACUUUCCUGAAAAGCAUUUACCAGGGCUCACUGGGCUCCCUGAGCUCCGUGGCAGACAGUGGGAGCCUCAAGAGCAAUGGGGAAGGCAGGAAGAGGACUCUGUCAAGCUGCAGCAGUGACUCAGUGAGUGGAGGUCUCCCUCCGACCCCACGCAGGGUCUCCUGGAGACAGAAAAUCUUCCUGAGGGUUGCUUCACCCAUGAACAAGCCGUCUGCAUCCAUGCAGCACCCAGACAACUCUGAUGACAGGGAGUUGUUGCCUCUCUCUCCUCGUGCCUUCAACUCAAGUCUGGAUCCUUGGGGGCGCCUGCUGCCACCGGCAGGUGACUCCCUGUCUGGGGAGAGGCCUAAGAGGACGGGGGCUGACUACCGGGCCCUCUGGAAGACUGCCAUCCACCAGCAGAUACUAUUGCUGCGCAUGGAAAAAGAGAACCAGAGACUGGAGGCAAGCAGAGAUGAGCUGCACAUCCGCAAGAUGAAGCUGAAUUACCAGGAAGUGGGGCAGUGCUCCAAAGAUGCGCAGGCAUUGUGGGAGAGAAAACUGACAGCCCCAGGCAGAACGACUGUCCCGCAAGACAAGGAGGAGAUUUAUCGUGUACUCUGCCAAGGUGUUCCCAAGAGCAGGCGUGGGGAGAUCUGGUUGCUCCUUUCCCAUCAGCACCGGCUGCGUCACAGACUGCCCCAGCGUCAGCACACCCCGGACACCCCUUAUCAUGACCUGCUCAAGCAGCUCACUGCACAGCAGCAUGCCAUUCUGGUGGAUCUAGGCCGGACCUUCCCCACCCACCAGUACUUCUCAGCCCAGCUGGGUGCAGGGCAGCUUUCCCUCUACAACCUUCUGAAGGCCUAUUCUCUGCUGGAUACAGAGGUUGGCUACUGCCAGGGUAUCAGCUUUGUGGCUGGAGUGUUGCUGCUGCACAUGAACGAAGAACAGGCCUUUGACAUGCUGAAGUUCCUUAUGUAUGACCUUGGCAUCAGGGAGCAAUACAGACCUGACAUGGUCCAUCUGCAGAUUCAGAUGUACCAGCUCUCCAGACUGUUGCACGACUACCACCGUGAGUUGUACAAUCACUUGGAGGAGCACGAGAUCAGCCCGAGCCUCUACGCAGCGCCUUGGUUCCUCACACUCUUCGCCUCACAGUUCCCCCUCAGCUUUGUGUCCCGCAUCUUUGAUUUUGUGUUUGUCCAAGGGACCGGGGUGAUCUUUAAAGUGGCCCUCUGUCUGCUGAGCAGCCAUGAGGGGGAGAUAGUGGAGUGUGACAGCUUUGAGAGCAUUGUGGACUAUCUGAAAACUACACUUCCUGCCCUCACUCAGACACAGAUGGAGGAGACCAUUGCGAAGGUAAUGGAGAUGGACAUCUCCAAGCAGCUGCACGCGUACGAGGUGGAGUACCAUGUCCUGCAUGAUGAGCUGUUAGAUGCUGGACCGCCUGAUGACUCUGACCGGCUCGACAAACUAGAAAAGACGAAUGUGCAGUUGAAGAAACAGAACAUGGACCUGCUGGAAAAACUUCAGGCUGCGCGGCAGAAGAUUCAGACACUGGAGACAAGCGUAGAGAACUUCCUUUCUCGGGAGAGCAAAAUGAAGCACAUGAUUCGCUCUCUGGAGCAGGAGAGGGCAGCUUACCAGAAGACCAUUGAACGCAUGCGCUCAUGCCUUCCCCCUGACGCCCUGACAGAUGUGGAGAUGACCCAGAUCAAAACAGGACCCAACGGGAAAGCCAAAACUGCAGCCAAGAAGCCCUGAUGGCAACCAGGGGGCUGGCUGCUCUGGGCAGAUGCACAGGCAGAGACUGAAGUGAACAAAUGGCGACUGCUUUGGUGGAAAGCUGCUGAGCCCCACAGCUAUUGUUGUACUGCUGCACAAGAGUUGCAGCGUUUUGUAAAAGUGUGAUGUCUGGACAUGAGACUUAAAAACUGUAUGGAAAAUAUACGUGAGAUAUUUUGUCAGCAUAAAAUAGAGUGGUGGGAGGAUGGUUUCAGUUAUAUUAGCAAACAGACUGUUCCAUCAGUGCAUCAAAGCUGCUGUUUUGUCUCGUGUUUCACUGCCAGUUUGAAGGUGAGAUCAAGAUGUACACCAUCCUUCCCUAUUCAGAUCUUUUUGGUAAUCACAGGGGGAUUUUCUAGAUUGACACAAGUGAGAAAUGUGUCUGCCUCUGCAAAUCUUUUUGAGCACUGCCUUGAUGUAUUUACUACCAGUCUCAGUAGCACCACAAAAGCAGUGAACAGAAGGUGCAUGUUGGCAAACAGUCCUUUGGACCUCAGGUUCAACUUAUAGCCAUUACCAGUGUUUGAUCCUGGAGAUGUUACCUGAUUGUUUUUGGUGUUUUUGAACUUGUGUCUGUGAUAGAAACUCUGCCUCAGAGUAAUCACAUAGCAUUAUUUGUCCUUUUAUUCACUUGAAUUUUUUGUGAAUGUAAUUUCCCUCCAAAGAUCAGAGACAUCUGGGUGCACGUCUGCAAUGUUAGGCUUUAAAUUUCAGCAGACAUAUAGUAUCUUGUUGCUCAUUUCUCAGCACAGUACCACUGCCUUCAUGUGAGAGAUCUUUAGCUCUUGCACUUGCUGCUUUUAAGGAGGAAGUGUUUCUUCCAAAGCUCAGGCAGGAUGUGAGGUCGUCUGCCUUCUCAGUUUCCUGUGUGACUGACCGCGGUGUCGCCUAGCACCACAUUCAGACACUGAAGCAGAGUUCGCACUCCCCAGGAGGCACCAAAAACAGACUAUGGUGGGGGAGUGAUCUGAAUGUACAUCACAUUCUUCUUUUGUAAAAGUCUGUAUGACAUUUUUGUUUUUGUAAGCAUGAGGGUUGACAAAACUAGCAACUUCAUCUUUUCCUGUGGUUCUUGAAGGUGGGACUACAAGCAGCUAGUGUUGUUUGGCUCAAGAUUUUAAGACAACACAUAUCUGCAGUUAAUCACACAUGUUUGCAGUGAUGAAACACAAGUGUUUAGGUGAGUAGAGAGAUUGCAAAAGAAAACUUAAUGACAAUUCAGUUUCCUUUUGAGUGGAAAUGAGUCUCUCCUGAUACAGGGUACUAUACAUACAUAGUGUAUGUGUGCGCGCGCGCACACACACACACACACACACACAUAUACACAAGCUGUAAAGUGAACUGGCUGAGUGUAUGGGCAGACAGUUCAGAUAAGUUGAAAGAGUGUACCUGGCUCCCUUCUCAGUUUUGUGUUAUCCAACAUCCGGGUCUGACUCACCAUCGUCAGUUGUGACUGAAAGCAAAACAGUCCUGGGCUUGACUCUGAUUUCAUAAAACACCCUUAAAUUAAAACCAAGGUGAUGACAAGUGACAAGUUGUGGUGGCACCUUUGUAUCCGUUUCAGUGUAAAGUUGUUAUUCUCAAACUUUACUCCAAGCGGACAAAUCCUUUGGCUUACAAUGCAAGAUGUGUUUGUUUAGCAACCUUGUGUAUUUGCAUAAACCCAGAGCACUUGCCUACAUUUGCGAAGCUACGGGAGACAGUAAUUCACAUAAAGUUUGAUAGGUUAAUAAAUCCUGCCUGACUUUCCCUGUAAUGCUGAAAUGUUCUUGUGGUAAUUGAGGUGACGUUGCAAAGGUUUGCACCAAACCUCUCAUAAAUAAUGGAGAAAUAGUCACCUCUGAACAUCAGUGAUUCUCAGUUCAGAAAGUGAAACAUAUCAAAUAACUCAUUUUGAAUUCUUUCGAAGGAUGCAUAGGAUACAAUCCUACACAGCAUUCCUGCCUUUAUUGCCUGUAUUUUGCUUAUCUACAGUAUUUGUGCAUCAUAUAAUUGACUAUUGAACCAAAGAUGUGGUUGUUUAAAAAAAAAAAAUGAAUGAAACAUGAAUGAAUUCAUCCCAAAUACUGUGAUUUAUUGUAUGUUAAAUGUAAUAACUUUUUUGUCACCACACCUUUUCAGCACUCUUUAGGUUUGUACCAAAAGCUUGAAAAGAUACCAAAUAUUGGAAGUAAAAAGUUGACACACUAAAAAUACAUACAGGCAGACUUGUUUACUCAAGAUUCUAAUCUUAUUCCUUCGUGCCAAAAGUUAACAAUGGCCUUUCUUCUCCAUUAUUUGGAGUAUGAGGCCAUUUUCUCAAUAUCUUAACAUUGUGCAUCCUUGUGGUCAGCGAAGGGUCUUUAUUUUACAUCAGAUGCUCUGUCCUGACUGUUAAAUAGUGCUUGUAUCUCUGUAUUUUUAGGAAAGACACUUAAUAAUACAUGUAUUGUUUUUCUGUCAACAUGAGGGCUACACAAAAGCAAAGAAGCUGUCAUGAAUUCUUCAAUAAACUUCACCUUGCCUGGUU